CGUUCCACGAAGAGAUAAGGCACGAUAUGCUCUUCUGUGAGAUCAUCAAGCCUCUCGACGGACAUGUAGCUCAGAAGCGAUGAUCCGAGCGAUAGACGGGAGGGUAUAGUAGAGUUCAUGGUUGUGCUGGCAAACCGCCGUGAUCGCCGGUCGGGGCGUUCCAAUGUUCGGUCUAAAUUAUGCGGCAUCGCGGACCCGUGGUGCCGGCCGCACGGUUGUCCGGGCGGACCCCUUAUCUCAUGCCUCUCCCUAUCUCAAACCCCUAAAACUGUCCGGAGGGGCACCGUGAGUCAUUGUCGUUUUGGGCUGCAAAAUGGCCGGAGUCGCUCAAUUGCCCCGCCAACUUUUUUUGCUCCCGAGUUGACCCCACCAAAUUCGGAACACCUGUCACGCUGCUGCUUCGCACAACCCCUCCUUCGACGAGACAACGAGCGAAUUGACUGCGCAGCAGUGCAAGACAAGAUGGCCGCGGCGCAGGACCUUGCCGACCGCACAAAGAGCGACUCAAAAUGCUACAUUGACCCGGCCGUCGGCAAGGAUGACGACUCCGCGGACGGCUCCGAGGCCAAGCCCUACCAGUCGCUCUACUAUGCCCUGCUGCAGCACCUCGACAAGCCCGCGCCGGUGUACCUCACGCGCCCGGCCGCGCCGAAGGAGGAGGGCGCCGCGCCAACCUGGGAGGAGCCGGCCAAGAGCGCCAUGAAGAAGGCGCUCGGCCGGGUCGACAUAUACAAGAAGAAGCUGGCCAAGGAGCAGGCGUCGGCCAAGCAGGAGGAGGAGGAGCGCAAGCAGCGGCUCAAGAACCUCGAGGACGCCAAGAAAAUCGUGUUGAAGGAGGACCCGUCGCUGCCCGCCGCCGUGCGCAUCAAGCUCAACAAUAAGAACGUCGAGCUGGGCGACGGUAGCACCAAGAAGGGCACGCGCGUCCGGGUCUACGGCCGCAUCCACGAGCUGCGGGUGCAGAAGACGACCACCUUCAUCACGCUCAAGGACGGCUAUGGCUACCUGUCGUGCAUCCUCCCCGCCGGCGACCUGACCAAGAACUAUGACGCGCUGAUGUUUGCCAUUGAGACGGCGCUGGUGGUGUACGGCGAGAUGCGCAGCGUGCCGCCGGGCGUUAAGGCGCCCGACAACCGCGAGCUGCACGUCGACUACUUCAAGGUGCUGGGCGCGGCGCCGAGCGACCUCGAGGCCAUCACCAACAAGGUGUCGAUGCAGCAGGACCCGUGGGACGCCCAGAUGCUCGACAACCGGCACCUGGUGGUGCGCGGCGACAACGCGUCGGCCCUGCUGAAGCUGCGCCAGUUCGUCGAGCUGGCCUUCAUCGACACCUACCGCGAGAUGGACUUCCGCAAGGUGUCGCCGCCGGCCAUGGUGCAGACGCAGGUCGAGGGCGGCGCCACGCUGUUCAAGUACGACUACUACGGCGAGGAGGCCUUCCUGACGCAGUCGUCGCAGCUGUACCUGGAGACGGUGAUGCCGUCGAUGGGCAACGUGUACUGCAUCGAGAAGUCGUUCCGGGCCGAGAAGAGCCUGACGCGGCGGCACCUGUCCGAGUACACGCACAUCGAGGGCGAGCUCGACUUCAUCGAGUUCGACGACCUGCUGGACCACAUCGAGGAGCUCAUCUCGCGCGUCGUCGACAAGGUGCUGGCCGACGAGGCCGCGGCCGGGUACGUGAAGCUGCUGAACCCGACCUUCCAGAAGCCGACGCGGCCCUUCCUGCGCAUGAAGUACGCCGACGCCAUCGACUGGCUCAACAAGCAGGACCCGCCCAUCCUCAACGAGGAGGGCAAGCCGCACGUGUUCGGCGACGACAUCGCCGAGGCCGCCGAGCGCCGCAUGACCGACAUCAUCAACCGCCCCAUCUUGCUCACGCACUUCCCGGUCGAGAUCAAGGCGUUCUACAUGAAGAAGGACCCCAACGACCCGCGGGUGACCGAGUCGGUCGACGUGCUGAUGCCCGGCGUCGGCGAAAUCGUUGGCGGCUCCAUGCGCAUGGACGACUACGACGAGCUGAUCGAGGCGUACAAGCGCAACGGCAUCCCGCACGAGCCGUACUACUGGUACACCGACCAGCGGAAGUAUGGCUCCUCGCCGCACGGCGGCUACGGCCUCGGCCUCGAGCGCUUCCUCGCCUGGAUGGCCAACCAGCACACCGUCCGCACCUGCAGCUUGUACCCGCGCUUCAUGGGGCGGUGCAAGCCUUGAUUUGGCCUCUCUCUCUCUCUUCCUGAGC